GAAGAGCCGGAAGUGGCUGGAGGAUUUCCCUCUCGACGAGUUAGUCCUCUUUGGUAACAGUUAAUGGAAAACACCUCGGAUUUUUCUCAGACAUGUCUACUUCGUACAGAAACAGAAUACAGGAAUUCAAAGUGGCCUUGAGUGAAGAAAACAUAGACUUGAAGGCACUCCGGGAACUGUGCUUCAGUGGAAUCCCAUUUGAAGGAGGUAUUCGUGCACUUUGCUGGAAAAUUCUUCUUAAUUAUCUUCCUCCUGAUCAGACAUUAUGGGACUCUUUUCUCAAAAAGCAAAGGGAGGUGUAUUCGCAGUUCCUAAAAGAGAUGAUUAUCCAACCUGGCAUUGCCAAAGCCAAUUUGGGCCUUUCCAGAGAAGAUGUGACCAUGGAGGACCAUCCUCUUAAUCCAAACCCAGACAGCAGGUGGAAUACAUAUUUCAAAGAUAAUGAAGUUCUGCUACAGAUUGAUAAGGAUGUCAGGCGGCUGUAUCCAGAUAUGGCUUUUUUCCAGCGUCCUACAGAUUAUCCUUGCCAACUAAUCUUGGACCCGCAGAAUGAUUAUGAGACACUGCGUCGGCGUGUGGAACAGACCACUCUGAAAGCACAAACUGUAAAUCGGAACCGCAGUGGAGUCACUAAUGUUAGCUCCCCUGGAAAGGCUUUGAACCUGUAUCCAUCUAACGAAUAUGAAGUGCUGCCCAAUGGGAGUGAAGCGCACUGGGAGGUGGUGGAGCGCAUCCUCUUCAUCUAUGCCAAACUCAACCCUGGGAUUGCAUAUGUACAAGGCAUGAAUGAGAUUGUUGGGCCAAUUUACUACACCUUUGCCACGGACCCAAACGAUCAAUGGAAAGAGCAUGCUGAAGCAGACACAUUCUUCUGUUUCACCAACUUGAUGUCGGAGAACAGAGACAAUUUCAUCAAAAGCUUGGAUGACUCCCAGUGUGGCAUAACGUACAAGAUGGAGAGUGUCUACUCCAUGCUAAAAGACAAAGACAUGGAGCUCUAUCUUAAGUUGCAAGAGCAGAACAUCAAACCACAGUAUUUCACUUUUCGCUGGCUGACGUUGCUGCUGUCUCAAGAGUUUCUUCUGCCAGAUGUCAUCCGCAUUUGGGACACCCUGUUUUCAGACCAGGACCGCUUCCACUUCCUCAUCCUGGUCUGCUGUGCCAUGCUCAUACUUAUCCGUGAUCAUUUACUGGCGGGAGACUUCACAAUCAAUAUGAGAUUACUGCAGGAUUACCCCAUCUCAGAUGUCCACACCAUCUUGACCAAGGCCAAAGAGCUGCAGGAUAACUCAUAACCAGUUCGUUAUUUUCCUCCUGCCUCGUCCACUUGGAUUUGGUAGGUGGGAGCUCAAACAUUGAAAAACAUUUUAUGUCAAAUGUGUAUGACAGAAGGACUUGAUCAAUGAAGAGCAUGGAAAGACUUGUUGGGGAAAAACACAGCAAACUGCUUUUUAAGUUGAUGUUAUUGAUGUUUGAUCAGUGGAGACUACCAUGGAAACUGGUAACCUGGGUGACAUUGUCAAACUGUUGCUUCCUUGAAGGGACAAGGAGCUGCCACUUGAUUCUUGAUUCAUUAUGGUUAAAAGCUAACUUGGCACAUGAGCCUCCUUCUCUCACAGCCAUUUCUCCCAUGGAGACAGAGUUUUUGUGCUCAAACUAUUGAUGUUCGCACUGAACAUCUGAGGGGGAAGGUGCUGUAGUAAACCUAUACUACCGAUCUUAAUUGCCCAACUAUCAGAACAUGAUCGAUCUUCAAAAACGGAGCCAAGAAGUAACCAGAAACCCUACUGCUACCAGUUACUUAACCAGAUUGAGCAAACAUUUAAUUCGGUUGAGCAAUAGUGCAUGAUCAUUCUUCUCUGUUUUUUUUUUUUUUUUUUUUUUUUUUAAAUGUUAGAAUUUGAGACUUUUUUUUAUGUAAGCAAUGUUUAUGCCUUAUCUGUUUUAAUAAUUAUGUGCAACAGAGGAGACUGAGUAUUGCUGGGUAAAAUUCCUGUCUUGAUAAAUAUGAAGUGGCUAAUACUGGCUUAGUGAAUAUUGUGAUAAAUCAGUAAUGUUCUGUUUACUGUAAGUGAAACAGUAAGAUUGCUAAAUUAAUUCAGUAUCCAUCAGCAGCAUUAAUUUUUUUAACGUUGUGUCUGG